GUAGUCCAGAUGGUGUUAGUGGGGCUUACAGUAGCCAGCGUGGUAUCAGGUCACCUGGAGCCGUACAGCAUAUCACAGACCCCAGCCUCCUACACAGCAGCUGGUAUACGACUGGUCCACACUGUGUUUGGCCACGUGUCUGACGAUGAUGUCGCGACGGAAGGGGCUGUACAGUCCGUGCCUGCUGUUCCUGUUCUGGUUCCUCUGGCUGCUCUGCGACAUCGUUCCUUUCUACAGCAGAGCAAUGCAGUGGAAUGAGCGACCUACGUCUGACCUGGCGUUGUUCUACGUCCAGUAUGCACUGAUUCUGGUGGAGUUCUUUUUGCUCUGGUUUCCCGACAAUGAUCAAAUCAUUCUGACCACAGGAGUCGAUGAAAAGAGGCUCCCCUGUCCCGAGACCACGUCUUCUUUCCCGGAGAAGGUCACAUUUGGUUGGAUGCAGAGCAUCAUCUGGACGGGUUGGCGCCGGCCCCUGAUGGAAGAGGAUCUCUGGGACCUCCCCCCUCACAUCAAGUGUAAACAAGUCGUCCCGAGGUUCUUCAAGAAUCUCGAAAAAUACUUUUUCAGGUCCCACACAAACACACCAGACGGAGCCACUCGUGUUCCGAAGAUCCCCGAGAAACAGACCCUCCUGGAGCUUCAGCACAUAUCGCAGGGACCAGGGAACACUCGUCCUCAGAAGGAUGACCUCCCUGACGUCAUAUACAAGACGUCACAGGUUGAUGACGUCACGGCGUCGGGGAGAGUCAGCAGCUUCAGGAUCCUCAAGGCUCUGUUGAAGACGUACGGGCAGGAGCUCAGCAGGGCACACAUAUUCAAACUUGCGUGUGACAUUAUACGAUUCCUGAACCCAUUAUUACUCAAGUUAAUGAUCGGGUUCAUCGAAAACAAACAGACCGAGAAGAUAUGGAAGGGUUACGGUCUCUCGGUGUGUUUCUUUCUGGUGUCCGUCACCAUCUCACUGCUUAACGCCCAGGCCUUCUACAUCAACCACAACACCUCCAUGAAGAUCAGGACGGGUCUGGUGGCCGCGGUGUACAAGAAGUCCCUGACGAUGAACAACGAAUCCAGGAAGCUCUACACAACUGGGGCCAUCGUCAACAUCAUGUCUGUCGACUGCAGCAGGGUGGAAGGAUGUGUGUGUCAGCUCUUUCAGCUGUGGUCAGCUCCGCUCAGUCUGGUGCUGUGCUUCUACUUCCUGUAUCAGGUGAUCGGCAUCUCCAUGGUCGCCGGCGUUGCAGUGAUGGUCGUCAUGGCGCCGCUCAACUACAAGUUGGUGUUCUACAUGAAGAAACUACACAACAAGCAGCUCAGUAUUAAGGACGAGAGGCUGAAGAACAUGAACGAAAUACUGAACGGAAUUAAGGUGUUAAAGCUCUAUGCGUGGGAAUCCUCGUUUAGGGACAAGGUGAUGGCUAUCAGAAGCAGAGAAAUCGCACUCAUCAAGAAACUCGCCAUCAUGAACGCCCUCAACGUGUUCUGCUGGGUCGGUGCUCCGACGUUGGUGACACUGGCGAGUUUUGUGACGUAUGUGCUGACGUCAGAACACCAGUUCCUGGAUUCUCAGACUGGCUUCGUGGCGCUGGCGCUCUUCAACAUUCUCCGCGAACCAAUGAACGCACUUCCCAUGGCUUUAUCCAACCUGGCUCAAGGCAUCGUCUCAUUGAACAGACUGACCAAGUACCUCUCCGGUCAAGACCUGGAUCCAGAGACGGUCAAAGACACCACAGAGAAAGAUAGUGUGAUAAGCAUUGAACACGGUCAGUUCAGCUGGGACAGAGACUCAGACAAAAUACUGAAGAACAUUUCCUUCAACGUUAAGAAAGGUCAGCUGAUCGCUAUUGUGGGUCAGGUUGGAGCAGGGAAGUCGUCCCUGUUGUCGGCGGUACAAGGCGAGAUGGAGAAGAUCCACGGCGACGUCUGUAUGAAGGGUUCUGUGGCAUAUGUUCCGCAACAAGCGUGGAUGCAGAACCUCUCCUUGCGGAAGAACAUUCUGUUUGGAAGUCCAUACGAAGAGGCCAAAUACCGACACCUCCUCCACGCAUGCUCACUGGAGGCUGACCUUGAAGUACUUCCGGGAGGAGAGAACACGGAAAUAGGAGAAAAGGGUAUCAAUCUGAGCGGAGGCCAGAAACAGCGAGUGUCUCUUGCGCGGGCCGUCUACAGCGACAGAGACAUCUACCUCCUCGACGACCCCCUUAGCGCCGUUGAUUCCCACGUCGGCAAACACAUCUUCAGAAACGUGAUCGGUAACGAAGGAAUUUUGAGAGACAAGACUAGGGUUCUGGUAACCCACGGAAUUCAUUGGCUGCCUUUGGUUGACGUCAUAGUGGUCAUGGAUCAAGGGGAGAUAAGCGAGGUUGGCUCAUACGAGGAACUUUUGGACCACGACGGUGCUUUCGCCCAGUUCCUGAAAGCAUAUCUGUUGGAGGGAACCCAAGAUGUGGGGGAGGACGAUGAAUUACAAAAGAUCCGGGCGAAGAUACUCGAGAGAGUCGACUCUGUGACCUCUAUAGGAAAAUCACCGCACUUCAGCCCGCUGGCUUCCAGUCUCAACUCUCAUUCCAUGUCGUCACUUCCGGCAACUUCUCUGGACAGAGAUAUCAGCCUGCAAAGGUCUACAAGUGUCCUCACUGAAGAAAACGAUGGCCCGAAUGAGGAGCCGGGGGCAUCUGAUGCCGAUGAAAAAGAGGAGGAUGAAAAAGAGCACAGACUCACAGAUGAUGAGAAAUACGAGAUAGGCAGGGUGAAGUUCUCCGUCCUCAAAUCCUACUUCCGGGCUCUGGGUGUGUUUGCAGCCGUCCUUAUCUUCUUUCUCCUCUUCAUCUUCCAAAUCAGCAGCAUCCUCACCAACGUGUGGCUCAGCAUCUGGACCGACGAUCCCAAUCUGAGGAACAUCUCCUUCUCCGCCAACGCCACGCAGGUGGACCUGUCAGCGCUCUCCUACUAUUACCUUGGGAUAUAUUGCUGCCUCUCAUUGGCUCAAGCAUUCCUCGUCAUGUUGUACGUCAUGGUGACGUACCGGAAGAUGGUCCGUGCCGCAAGCAUCAUGCACAGAGAUCUCCUUGACAACAUCCUCAGGCAGUCGAUGACCUUCUUCGACACCACGCCCACCGGUCGAAUAUUGAACCGCUUUACUCGAGACGUCGACAUCGUGGACAACCAGUUGCCCCGUAUAACUCGACAAUUUUUGGCGACGCUGUUCAACGUCUUCAGCGUCCUCAUUGUCAUCGCUUACAGCACGCCCUUGUUCUUGGCAGCGGCUAUACCGACAUUGCUGGUGUACUUCUUCGUGCAGAGGAUGUACAUUCCUACAUCCCGUCAGAUCCGGCGUUACCACUCCACCGCCCGCUCCCCCAUCUACUCCCACUUCACCGAGACCAUCACCGGCGCCAGCUCCAUCAGAGCUUACGACGCCGUCGACCGUUUCUGUGAAGAGUCCCUGAAGCGAGUCGACAAAAGUAACAUCUUUUACUAUGCCUCGCUUGCGGCAAUGAGGUGGAUGAGAAUGCGACUCGAAUUUCUAGGAAACAUCAUCAUCCUCAGUGCCGCCAUUUUCGCCGUCGUCACGCCAGGGCUGUCUGGCGGAAUAGUCGGCCUUUCAGUCUCCUAUGCUCUUCAGAUUACCGGGACGCUGAUCACCAUGGUGCAGAUCACCACCGAGCUGGAGACCAACGUGGUGUCCGUCGAGAGGAUGGUGGAGUACAGUGAGAUUCCUCGCGAGGCGGCCUGGACUGUCCCGGAUAAGAAGCCGCCUGCUGAUUGGCCAACUGAAGGAGAGGUCAAGUUUGAUGACCUUCAGGUCAGGUACCGACCUGAACUUGACCUUGUUCUGAAGGGUAUCAACUGCAGAAUUAAGCCAGGCGAAAAGAUAGGCGUUGUCGGACGUACUGGCGCGGGGAAGUCGUCACUGACGCUGGCUUUGUUUCGCAUUGUGGAAACCGCAGGUGGCAAGAUUUUGAUAGAUGGUCACAACAUCGCCGACAUGGGUCUCCAUGACCUUAGAAGUCGACUUACAAUUCUUCCACAGGAUCCGGUGCUAUUUUCCGACACCAUGAGGUUGAACCUUGACCCAUUCCAGGAGCACACUGACAGCGAGCUGUGGGUCGCCCUGGAGAGAGCCCAUCUGAAGGAGUUUGUGUCUUCAGUCCCCAAGGGCCUUCAACAUGAAUGUGAUGAGGGGGGACAGAACCUCAGUGUCGGGCAGCGUCAGCUGGUGUGUUUGGCCCGCAGUUUGUUGAGGAAGACCAAGAUCCUGGUUCUUGAUGAAGCCACGGCCGCCGUCGACAUGGAAACUGACGAACUCAUCCAGAAGACCAUCCGCUCUGCCUUCCAUGACUGCACUGUUCUCACCAUAGCUCACAGACUCAACACCAUCAUGGACUACGACAGAAUAAUGGUGUUGGCGGCAGGACAGAUUGUAGAGUUCGAUUCACCCUCAGUUCUGCUGGAAGAUAAGGCCGGGGUUUUUCAUGGUCUGGCGAAAGAUGCCAACCUUGUCAGCUGAUGUUGACCCCCACCAUGGAGAGAUCACCUGCAUAGAAUCAGUUCCAUAUUGAUAUAAUUACCAUAUCGUUGAUAUUCAACGACGUCCUUGUUGAUUGGUGUGAAUGAAUGUGCAUCUUGACAACAUAUAUGUAUUGUUGUAUACCGGUGGGUAGAAAUAGCGGAAUAUUUUACUUGUUCAAUGAAUAAGAUGAUGAUGAAGUAAAUCACCUAUAUUUUGCAUGAUGGCGUGAUUUUGGGGGAUAUGUUUGGAUGUUGAUUUGUCAAGAUCAUUGCUAGUUUGAUUUAGAUAACAUUCAUUGUUACAAUUAAACUACCUCGUAUGCGUUGCGUUUAAAAUCCACUGUCACCGGUCUGUUCAGUGUGGGGCUAUACAUUGACCUCUGUAUGUUUUCAACAUUAACACUUGAUAUAUACUUGUUAUAUUUGCCACGUGUAAAACUAUUUACAGAGUCAUCUCCUUCUCAUGUGGUAUUAUAAGUUGUUCACUGGUCACAAGGGGGACAUAGGUUGAUGGCUUUACACAUUGCACCAAUGGGUUGAUGUACCCUCCCUGUUUGUUUAUGUUCCCUGAGCAAAAGGUGCAUCAACCUAUGGGCCACCAGGGACCAGUGAACAAGGUAUUUAUCUUGACGAACACAUCAAUGUUAAGUUUAAACUAAUUGGAGCACGCAUAUUGGAUCGUAAUAAGGAGUACCAGGGUUAGGCAAUUAGCCAAUACCGACGACAGACAAGAAAAACAAAUUAAGCGUUAUCUCCCUUCCAUCGAUUUGCAUUCGCAAAACAUCGGUAAUUUCCGUACAUCAUACGUGACUCAAUUAUUCGAGGUAAAGAAUUACUACAUAACCCGAAGCACCAAAUGAAUUCCCAAAGUUCGGCAUCCCAGCGGGGUAAAAUUGAAAAUGGAAGCGGGGUACAUUGAAAAUAAUAGAGGAGAGAUCAGCCAA